UCUUGGAAAAGAGGAUAAAAAUGUCCAAUUUUAGUAAUUUAAAAAUUAGGAACUUCGAAACAUUAGAAAGUUUAAUUUGCAGGGGGAAACGUUAUAAAAUUCCCCUUAAUUCUGUUGUACGAAACUGUAUCUCCUGUUUUUAUCUUGACAUCGCGUUUCACGAUCGACCAACGUGUAUCCGACAAGAUAACGAUUAAUUCAUUUAGUAGCUGUGAAUACCUUGCGCGAGAUCGAUUAGGAAUUAUUCUUAAAACUAUGAAAAAGCUAUAUCUAGCUGUAAUCGUUAGUAAUGUGGGUAUGCUGUCAUACGGCCUUUGUUUUGGCUGGGCCUCACCAUCGUUACCUAAUCUACUACAGCCUAAUAGCUCCGUUCCUUUAAUACCGCAAGAAGCUGUAUGGGUCACAUCAUUCCAAACCAUCGGUGGAACAAUUGGUUCUCUUUGCGGUAAUUUCCUGUUAAAUGCGAUCGGUCGAAAAUGGUCUUUGCUCUUCACCGCGGUGCCAGGAAUAGUAGGAUGGAUGAUGAUCGCUUUUGCAACAUCAGCAUGGGUAAUUUAAUUUAAUGGCUUGCCCUAUAUAGUUCGCACAUUUUAACGAUGAGAAAUUUUCUUGAAAAUUCUCCAGUAGGUCCACUCAGACUUUAACAAGCUCUAUGUUACAUUCACGGUAUAAAACUCAUGUUUCUUAUACAUCUACAAUAUCAAUAUACAGGUACGGGAUAUGCUUCAAUUAGAAAUGUUUAAAUCGAACAUCAAAAUGUAAGAUCAAAAUAUGAAGGCAGGUAGGAAACUGACAAAGUGUAUAAUGAUAACAUAUCAAACGAUUCGAGAUUUUUAUUACUUGAUCACGCAGUGCGUCUAGUACUUUAAGCCAUGUAGCUUUGAUACCGACUACCAGAUUAACUCCAUAAUUACCGCACAUUGGCGUAACUAUCAUCACGAUUUAUACACCCAAAGCAUGACCCUUCUCACCCUUCUGACUCUACAGUAUAACGCAGAAUAUCUUACACAAUAUAUUUCUGAAUUCAUUGAACACAGAUACAAAGUUUAU